UUUAUCAUUUUGGACAUCUACUACACAACAGGUAAAUCUGCAACAAAUCUAAAUCACCAAGGAAAUUAAAAUUCCAAUGAACCGCAUCAAUAUGAUGAACACCUGUUCAGAACUAAGCUUUAAAAUACCGUUAUAAGACUAACUGUCUUUAAUAGCAAUGGGAAUUAAACGAAGUCGGAUCAAAGAUCGAUGUUGAUUUCAGAUUAUCCAAACCAACAGUUUUAAUGAAAGAAUGGGUUGCACUUAUUCUGACGUCAGAUUUGACAAUCCAGAUGCACAAAUUACGUCAUUCGUGUCGGAGGAGGAAGUGAAACUUGUCCUUGACAGUUGGAUAAUUCUAAGGAACGACACAAAUGUUGGACUACAUAUUUUCAAAAGGUUUUUCCAAUUGCAUCCGGAAUUUAAGAAACUUUUUACUGAACAAAUGAUGGUGGAAGAUGAUGACCUUAAAGUUAACGAGGAGAAGUUGAGACACCAUGGUAACAUUGUAAUGGAAGGCCUCGGAGCAGCUGUAGAAAGUCUUGAUGAUUCUGUCUUUUUGUCGAAUGUUCUUGUAACCAUGGGAGAAAGUCAUGCGCGACACAAUGUCAAAUCGGAAAUGGUCAUUUUACUUUGGCCUGCGAUUAGAGAUGCUUUCAAUGGAUGCUUAGGAUCAGAUUUUACGGCACAGAUGGCCACUGCAUGGGAACAUGUUUUUGAAUAUAUGGCAACAAAAUUUAAGGAGGGAUUACGAAAGGAAUCUAAACAUGCGAGAUGACAACAAGAUAAUAUCUUCCGUUUACAACUUCAAAUUUAUAACAAAUUGUGACGGCCAUUACACGACCUCUGCACGACAUUUCAUCGAAUAAACUAGUAGUUUUCAAGCUUUGGUAUGAAAGACAAACUACAGUUGUAAUGAAUCACACACUAUAUAUAUAACAAUAUAUCAUCACCACCAUCAAAACGCUUUGCAGUUUUUUGUUUGUCACUACAUGAUAAAGUAUCACAUCUUAUAUAUUUAAAAAAAAAUGUACUUUGCGUUCAUUUCUUAUAAUUACAUGUUUAUGCUAACAAGACCAUGGAAAAAAAGUUUUAUCAAGUUUUUCUUUUAUUUACCUGUACACUUCUUUGUGGAAGCACGUGUCAUCACGAAUUUAGCAUUUCAUUUUGAUACGAAGGUUAAUUUUUGAAUGACACCCGAUUGUUGUUAGCCAAUUAAUAUAUCGGAUUCUCGUAAACAUACAUGUAAUUUAAUUAUAAUACCAUUGAAACAUCAUCAUAUGAUAACAGAUCAGAGAAUGACGUUGCUAUUUUCAUCUUAUGUUGCCAAGAUGAACCAAUUAACAGCUCUAUCGCCAAUAUUUUUUGAUUGAUUUUCUAUGAAGUUUGAUCAUACAUCGAACAUACACUAAUCUUAAUUACACUGGUCAAUACAUAAGUUCUUGAUUACACUGAAAACAGAUGCUGAUUGCGAUUAUACUGGGACCAUCCGCUUACCUUGAUUACCAUAGGAACAUACGCUAAUAUUCAUCACACUGAGAACAUACGCUAAUCUUGAUUACACUGGGAACAUACGUUAAUAUUGAUUACACUGGGCACAUACGUGAAUAUUGAUUACACUGGGCACAUACGUUAAUAUUGAUUACACUGGGCACAUACGUUGAUAUUGAUUACACUGAACACUUACGUAAAUAUUGAUUACACUGGAAAAAUACGUUGAAAUUGAUUACACUGGGCACUUACGUUAAUAUUGAUUACACUAGAAACAUACGUUAAUAUUGAUUACACUGGAAACAUACGUUAUUAUUGAUUACACUGGAAACAUACGUUGAUAUUGAUUACACUGGGCACAUACGUUAAUAUUAAUUACACUGGAAACAUACGUAAAUAUUGAUUACACUGGAAACAUACGUUAAUAUUAAUUACACUGGGCACAUACGUUAAUAUUGAUUACACUGGAAACACGCGUUGAUAAUGAUUACAUUGGGCACAUACGUUGACCAUGAAAACAUAUGAUAAUAUUGAUCACUCUUGAAACAUAGAUUACGGUAAUUUUGAUUACAUUGGGAAUAUACUCUCAUCUCGAUUACGCUAGGAACAUUGGCUAAGCUUGUUUCACUGGGCACAUACACUAAUCUCGAUUUUGCGUAUAUAACAUACGCUAAUAUUUAUCACUUUUGGAACAUAAUUUUACGGUAAUUUUUGUUACACUGGGACCAUACACUAAUCUCGAUUUCACAUGGAACAUACGCUUAUCUUGAUUACAUUGGGAACAAACGCACAUAUUGAUUACACUUGGAACAAAUACUUACAUCGAUUACACUGGGAACAUAUGUCAAUAUUAGUUACACUUGAAACAUACGCCAAUCAAAGUUGAAAGUAUUGAAAUAGAGUCUCGUUCAUUUGUAAUUCGAAAAGGAGAAGAAAAGUAUUUUUAAACAUGUAUAUUUUUUAACUACAUUUGGAUUUUUAUGAAAAUUAAUGAAGAGUGAUUGUAUCCCAUUUAUUUAAAAAUCAUUUUGAUAUGUAUGUACGAUGUAUCUUGUAAAUAAACUUCCUUGUACGAUCGUAUAUUGAUUUAUUUUUUGAAACGUUGCAAUAGUUAUACAGUGACAACAGCAAAAAUACAUAAUUCAUUGCUUUGGCUGGACAAGGAAGGUGCGAGUUCAACAUAAGCUAUAUACAUGUAAUAAUAGAAGAUUUGAAAUCAAAUAUUGAGAAUAAUGUAUUGGUACAAAUAAGUUGUGUGAUGAAGAACAAUUUUAUUCCUUUACUGGAAAUUGUCUCUGCAAGGGAAAGUUGUAUCUAUCGGAAUAAAAUUUGACAUUUUUCUUUACACUAUUGUACAUUUAGAAAUUUGUGCAUGCAUUUAUUAUUGUAAUUGUUAAAGAGUGAACAAAAAAUCGUUGUUUUUCAAUUUC